AUGCCCUCCUCGGUUCAACUAGCCAUGCAGGCUCGUGGACGACCGGCGUCGUCUUUAAUGGCUAUGCGACAAAGUGCCUCACCUAAUAGACCGUUGUGUUCAGGAACCACACGAGCCGGGACUUUGUUUGAAUUCAAGAUGACAGCAUUCAAAUCCCAUUACAUCAGCAUAGCAGAUCAACACAGGGGAGUUCGGCCCACUUCAGCCUGCCAACAAACUGGUCCGACUUCGGUCAGAAUUGACCUAGCCAAUUUGACCCUUCAGGAGUUCAAAGACACAGUCGCUGACUUGGCCAAAGGAUUUCAUCUGGGCUGUAGAGUUUUGUUUAAAGAGGCUGAUAUGAAGGGCACCAUUGAUUACUUUGGCUGGGUUUCUAAUAACUCGAGCUUUCCCAAGGGUUGUCAACAAAACAUCAGCAAGGAUGUUGACUUUGAGCGCUUCAAAGUGGUGGUUUCUGAAAGUAGAGGGAAACCAAUGGGAGUUACUGCUACAAUGGUUGACGAGAAUGCCAAGCCACGGAAGAAUCGUGCAGUACAAAAUGCGGAUUCUUUUGAUCGUCUCAUGCUCGCAGAUAAUCCAGGAGCCAAUCCAGACAGGGCUCGCGAGCUUGCCUUGAAUUUGAUUAAUCUACAGGCUGAUAUAACCGAGAUACGCACGGCGCUCCAGACCCGCUAUGGAAAUAGCGGUCAUGCGGGCCAUCGCGAGGGGAUGACCUGCUACGAUUCGGAAAGACCAAAGUACAUGAUGAAACUCACGUACCCAAUGUUGGAUGUUUGGGCCGAGUUGAUUGCUGCUGGCAAAUCCAAUGUGACCCUGUUCCGACCACCUGUGGGACUACCAGGAUUUGAGUGGGUACUGAAGUCAGGCAAGCCAAUCGGGAUCCCAGCAGACUCCCUCACUUCGCCUUCAAUUGUUCCUGCACGAUCCCAAUCGAUAUCACCAGCUCCACGCCCCUAUCCGGCGUUCGAAAAAUACCUUGAGCACUGCCGCAUCCCAGCAAACGAUAACACCACCAGGAGUAUUUUGAAAAAACUUGAAAUCUUUGAAUUUGAUGAAUUUUUCUCUGAGGAAAAUUCGAUCGAUUUCCUUAAAUCCCAAGGGAUAGCGCACGGACCUGCGCAAGUUGCAAAUCAAAUCAAAUCAAAACAACAAAUUACAGUUACAAGUUUAGUAGUUUAUACAUCAAAAGAAUCGGGAAUCAAAUUGAAUGAAAUUACAAUUAAAAUUAAAUUAAAUGAAAUGAAAUGGAAUAGCAAUUAA